AUGGCUGCGGCUAUGGCGAGACUGGCAGCAUCCCUGCCUCUGCGGUACAUCACGUGCAGCGUACCGAACGGAAAUGCCCUUGAGAUCUCACCAAAAUCGGCCUCCAUUCUUGUGCGAAAGUCAAAUUUGACGAUACGAAACCCUGCUUCAGCAUUAGGAGAGCGACUAGAAAGUCGGAACCGCGGAUUUAGGAGGCGCAUCGUGCGAGUGAGGGCAGAGGAUGGGCCUUCGAAUGGCGGUUCGGAAGCCGAUAGUAAAGCUGUCGGUUCAGUGAAAUCCGACGUGGUUAGCGAGAGCAGCGGUCCUGUGCAAGCACGAGCAGAGAAAGAUAAGGCUAUCGAUGAAGAGAAGGAGAGGGAGAAGGAACGGCGGAGACAGCAAGCUCUGCGGCAGGCAGCGAGAAAAGCGGGGACGCCGCCAACCAGCGCAAGCGGCGCUGGCGGCACCAGUGGCGGCAGUGGGGAGAGCGGGAAGGAGGGCGAGGGGGCGGUGAAGGGUGGACUGCUGAUGGGGCUGGCGGAGGCCAUCGAGGACGCGUUUGGUGUUACCAGCGAGGGGCGGGGUGGCGUUGAAAAGCUGGAUAUCGCCAAGCUCCGCACCUGCUUCUCCUACACCGACUUCUGGCCCACUGAUUCCCGCCCAUACGGCUCGGGCGCACUGUUCACGGGCAACCUGCGGGCUGCUGACGUGGCGGACGCGCGGGAGAGGCUGGAGACAAAGCUGGCCGAGGGUGCUGGUUGCCCCGUGGCGGUUUUCUUCCUGAAAGACGAGCGGCGAGAGAAGAAGGUGUGCAUAGUGCAACCAGUGUCCUCCAUCGAUCGUCGUCUCGCCCUCACCACUCUCACCGGCCUCUCCCGCUGGCCGCUCAUGCUGCUCUCCCUCCUGGGCUGCCUCGCCACCACUGCCACUGUCUCUGGCGUCAAUCUCGACCCCUAUAAAGUUGGGCUUGGGGAGUCAGCUCACCACGCCCUGCCUUUAACUCUCGGCCUUGCCACAGUCAUCGGUGUAGGAGAGAUCUUCCAGCGGAUCAUGGCGGGGCGAUAUGGGGUAAAGCUCUCCCCGCCCUACCUCCUUCCCGGCCCCCUGGGCUGCCAUGGCACUGCCACUCGCUUCGAGUCCCUGCUGCCCUCCUCCCGUGCCCUGUUCGACAUGUGUGCAGCCAAGGCGGUCGGGUCAUUCAUGACGUCAUUCAUUCUGGCAUGUGUGGCGCUGGCAGCUGAUGGGGGUGUUGAUGGGGGCAUCGACCCCAUGUACAUCGAGCCGUCCUUCUUCGCCCCCAAUCUCCUCCUCUCCUUCGUUCAGAACGUCAUCGGACCAUACUCUGACGACCUGGGCAACGUCAUGCCCAACGCUGUGGAAGGGUUGGGUGUGCCCGUCAACCCUCUAGCUUUCGCAGGGCUGCUGGGGUUUGUGAUUACAGCGCUGAAUCUGCUCCCGGCUGGACAACUGGAUGGGGGCCACAUGGUGCAGGGGCUGGGCAUGCCCGUCAACCCCCUCGCGUUCGCAGGGUUGCUAGGGUUUGUGAUCAUGGCGCUGAAUCUGCUGCCUGCUGGACAGCUCGACGGGGGCCACAUGGUGCAGGGGCUGGGCGUGCCGGUUAACCCUCUGGCGUUUUCAGGGCUGCUGGGGUUGGUCAUUACAGCGCUGAAUCUGCUGCCGGCUGGGCAGCUGGAUGGGGGCCACAUGGUGCAGGUACGAUGCAAUAGGGUUGGGGCCGAGGGAACAGCCUCUCUGGGUGCUGCUGCUUACAAUGAUACGGCUUAUGUAGGCAUAGGCUGGGACUGGAGCGACCUGGGCAACGUCAUGCCCAACGCCGUGGAAGGGCUGGGCGUACCAGCUCUGUUCGGCAGGCGCAAGGCCAAGAUCACAACUCUCAUCACUCUGGCCCUGGAUGGUUUCUCCGGCAGUGUGCUGUGCCUCUUCUGGGCCUUCAUCAUCCUCGCCUUCCCUGCUUCCCCUUGCCUUCUAUCACCAUGCCCUCCUAUGCAGGCCCUAUUUGGCAAACGCAAAGCCAAGAUAACCACACUUAUCACUCUAGCGCUACUAGCCCUAGGCGGUUUCUCAGGCAGUGUGCUGUGCCUUUUCUGGGCCUUCCUCAUCCUCGCCUUCCCUGCUUCCCCUUGCCUUCUAUCACCAUGCCCUCCUAUGCAGGCACUAUUCGGCAGGCGCAAGGCCAAGAUCACCACACUUAUCACUCUAGCCCUGCUAGCACUGGGUGGUUUCUCCGGCAGUGUGCUCUGCCUCUUCUGGGCCUUCAUCAUCCUUGCUUUCCGCAACGGCGAGGAGCUCCCAUCACUGGACGAGAUCUCGCCACUUGGCAGAGGCCGAUUCGUGAUCGCGUGGAUGCUGCUCAACGGCAGCCUGUUGCUGCUGCUCCCCAAGAGCGGCGGCACGUUUCCCUCUUUCUUGCCCACAGACUUUUAG